CUGUACCCAACUUGUUAAACGCAGUUGUUUUGCUUUGGAAUGAAGAUACACAAGGUAUGGAUGAAGAUUUAAGCGACAAGGAGGCAUUGCUGGCUCGCAUUCAGCAGGUGGAACAUGAGCGUGAUGAAUUGCGUAAAGACAUCGAACAAUUGUGUAUGCAGCAAGCUGGGCCAGGCUACCUAGUUGUGGCUACUAAGAUGCAUUUUCAAAGGACAGCUGGCUUGGAGCAGGAGAUUGAGAACCUGAAAAAGAAGCUAGCUACUUGCUCAAGGGAGAACGUGAAUCUUCAAGAGGAGCUCUCUGAGGCUUAUAGAAUUAAAGGCCAGUUGGCUGAUCUGCAUACUGCAGAGGUUGCAAAGAAUUUGGAAGCUGAGAAGCAGCUUAAAUUUUUCCAGGGCUGUGUAGCUGCAGCUUUUGCCGAACGGGAUCAGUCCAUAAUGGAGGCCGAGACAGCUAGAGAGAAAGAGGAGCUCAUGUCAAACAAAUUGAGUGAGAUAGAGAAGAGGUUGGAAGAGCAUACUGCAGAUUGUUUUGAACAGAAGAAACUUAAUGAUAAACUGCAAACUGAUUUAGCAAUGCAAGAGGAGCAGAAUGCAACUUUUAAGAAGGUCAUCGGUAAGUUUUAUGAGAUCAGGCAGGAUUCUUCGGAGGGCUUCGGGGAUACAAGUUGGAACACCAAAUGUGCAUGUCUUUUGGAUGAUCCUGCUGAAUGGUGGAGUUUCAAUGACACUUCUACAUCUAAAUAUAUUAGUUCAUUAGAAGAAGAGCUCGAGAGGGUGAGGAACUCUGCUGGUAAUCUUCAAAACAGGCUACGAGUGGGUUUGGAAAUUGAAAAUCAUUUAAAGAGGAGAGUUUCUGAAUUGGAAAAGAAGACAAUCCGUACAGCUGGAAUGAUAAAAAAGGAGGUGGCAGAGUUGCAUCGUGACCAUUCUCAGCAUAGAGUUGACAUUGUGAAUUUGCUUAAUGAAGAAAGCAGUUGUAUCAAAUCAAUAAUUGAUGCAGUAGAGAUAAAGUUUAGGCAAAUUGAUGCGAGCAGACUAGAAAAGUUGGAUCCACCUGUGGGAGAUGUAAAGCAAGAUGAAUCUGAAUGUCAAGAUGUACAUGAAAUUACAGGAUCUGAUCCCCAAGUGGUAUUUAAGGAUGGUGACUCUAGCUUAUCAGACAUGCUGGCUGUUGGGGAGGGUGAUUCCUCUAGAGCCCUCGCACAGGCACUGCAAGACAAGGUUGCAACGUUAUUGCUUUUAUCGCAGCAGGAAGAAAGAUACUUACUAGAUAGAAAUGUGAAUGCAGCUCUUCAAAGUAAAAUAGAUGAGCUUCAGAGAAACCUGUUACAGGUUACCAAUGAGAAGGUCCAAGCUCUAAUGGAGAUGGCACAAUUGAAGCAGGAUUAUCAUCAACUUAAAGAGAGAAUUGGUCAGGGGACGAGUAGAGGCAAUUCAUCUGCUGAAGUAGGGGACAGGAGACUAGUUACUCACGGAAGAGAUGGAAAACUAAAGAGCUUGCUGAAGAAAACAUACUUGAGUCGUUGGGUUGGAACUCUAGACUUUAAGGGACAUGAAGCUGAAGCUGACCUAAAUAGCAUGGAGUUUGUGAGGAUGAAGAUAGAAAAUGCAACCCUUAGGGAAAGCAUUGGAGGUAUCGAACAUCUAACUACCACAGUUCAUAGGCUUCGUCUAUCGCUUUUAAAGGCUAAGGAGUCGGUGUCUUCUGGUGACACAAUACUUGCUAGCCUGUUAGAAACUCUGGAUGACAUUAUUAAUGAGGCAAAACUAGUGAAGACUGCACUUGGAAGUUCCCUACCAGUUAGUUGGUCAGCAGAAGCAGAUGAGGAUUUCAGUAGUCAUAGUUUUAGCAAUGAGCCUGGUAUAGUAUAUGGGGAGCCCAGCCAUGAGAAGAUAGAUUCAGUUUAUGCUGCCGGGUUUGAGAUGGUCGAACUCCUGAUUCUAGCAUCGCAGAUAUUGAAGGACAACACUAGCAAAAGUGGAUCCUGAGACUGAAGCUCUAGCUAGGUAAUUGUUUGAAAUGGUGACUUAGGUGCUAAAACACAACAGGUUCCUUAGAAAUUGAUUCUAGGAAAAGGGCCACCAACGACCAAAAAAAGAAAAAGAAAAAGGAAACGGGCUAUCAAGAAUGGAAUGAAAUUAUGAUUAUUUAUGAAGAAGAGUAGAUCUCCAGCACAGGAGGUGAAAAUGAAACUCUCACAGUAGAGGGCCAAGUACUCAAAUGUGUGGUACCUUGUAUUGUCACCGAUUAUUGUCUGAGUUUAUAUUCCACGGAGAAGGGCAUUCUAGUUCUUGACCCCCUUAGAAGUCAGAACAUACUUGAGAAGUUAUUUCAAUACUAAUGUACAGUAGGUGAAGAUGAGUUUGUCUACGAAAGCUGGUUUUUUCCAGUAUAUAUAAUAUUCGCUUCAUGGCAGAAUAAUUCCAUUGCAUAUUAACCAAUUUCCCUUGGUUAUCUUUUC